AUACUACAGGGUAUUAAAUCUACAAACUCUUAAGAGAAGAAGAAAGAAAGAAGAUGUCAUGUAUUGAAUGCACAAACAACUUUCACACAGUGUGCUUCCUCUUCUCCAGGCUACAGUUGAGCUGACAGUGAUGAAUCCUCCAGGUUACCCGGCCGAAGCUUUUCCACUGCAGGGAGUGUGGCAUGAUGGGUUCCCCGCACAGCCUGCAGGGUCAGCCGUUCAGUACACCACUGUGAACAUCACCAAUGACCCCCCCAAAGACCACAUCAUCUGGUCCCUGUGCUGCUUUGUCUACUCGAACCCUCUCUGCCUUGGACUGGCAGCACUGAUCUACUCUAUCAAGGCCAGAGACCGGAAGGUGGCUGGAGACCUGGAGGGUGCCAGACACUACGGUGCCACUGCCCGCUGCCUCAACAUCGUGUCCACCGUCCUGGUUGUCACCAUGAUUGUUAUUUUUAUAAUUACUAUUAUUGUUAUAGUUGAGGUUUCAAAGAGAGCAUUUUACUCACACAACGGAUACGACAGAUACGACAGAUACGACAGAUACCCAUACUAUGGCCAUUAAUAGCAUCAUUUCAAAUGUGUUAGAGUUAGAGUUAGAGCCUGCUGUUGUGGCUUGGUGAUACUUGUGAUAAUCUGCUUUAUACGCAUGGCACAGUUGGUAACUUUUUAUGCCUUUUUGCUUAUAUUUUUGAGUAAAACAGACACUUACUUUCAUUGGUGUUGAAAAUCCUAAAUAUAACAACAUUUCCUUAACAGCAGUCAUGUGUGAGUGCAAGACUUUGUUACUCAAGUCAGAUAUUCUGUCAGGGAGGCUUGUGUUUCAGCAACAGUUUCAUUUAUCAAGAAAUUUAAAGGCAUUUGAGAAAGUGUGUCUAUUUUGUCAUGAUUUUUUUCCGGGUACAAAGAUUGUGGUUGUAUAGAUGCUGGUAUUAUUUCCUACUACCAUGAAGUUACACUUUCACUGUGUUGAAACAUGUGAUAUCCCUUUCAACUGUCCAACAUCCUGAAGUUGACUUGUUACAAAUAAAUUGGGUGCACCCAGAAGAACAAAACAAAAAACAAAAAAACACAUGU